GUCCUGGGGUCAAGCAGGAGAGGUCUGAAGGAGAGGAGGACCUACAGCACAGCAGAGACAUCCAGACUGGAGGGACUGGAGCGCUCCCUGUAGCCACAGAGGACUCCGCCCCAGCGCAGCCCAGGACCAGACGCAGCGUCACAGAAGUCAGUGGAACGCUGAGCAGCGUCCUCAAGUCAGAGACAGACACAGAGACUUUAACUGUAACACAAAGGCUUUUACACACAGGAUCAGACCCAGAGAGACUGGGGCUGGGGCCACUGGGCUGUCCUGCUCGCGGCUCAGAGUAUUUACUUUACGGUAACCCAAGCCCGAGGACAAUUCAAUCCCAUCGAGACGCAGGUGACGUGUUAGAGACUGGCAAUGAUCCAUCUUGUUCUUACACUACAGAGAUGGACCGUGACAACAUGCCCUUGGGUUUAGAGACACAGACUGAUCUGUCUAGAGGGGACUGGAACCGGUACAGUAGUAGUGUAUACUCUGAAGGGUGCCUAAAUAAGAAAGGUGAGGGUUUAGUGUUAGAUGAGGUGACUGUGAAAGUGGAGGGCGACAUUCCUCCCACAUGGAAUGCAGAUAUUCACUUAGGAGACGGACACUCACAGGGCAGAGAUUUCUUAGAUUACAGGGGAAGCUUAAAGACUAAUCCAAAUGUUGCGACCCACUCCCCUUUAAACGAGCUCCAGGAUCAUAACCCAGUGUCCACGUCGAUGGGACCUUCAGAUUCACAUGGCUGCAUCCUUUUCGAUCAGGUAUUGAACUCAAACAACAGGGCUAGAGCCCAGGCUCAGAGAGGAAGAGCUACAUCAGGCAAUAGUAAAGAGAAACGGUUCCUCUGCAUGUUCUGUAAGAAAGGCUUCAGCUGCACCCAGAAGGUGGAGAUCCACCAGAGGGUCCACACAGGGGAGAAACCCUUCAGCUGUACCCAGUGUCAUAUGUGCUUCGCCCAGGCUUGUGACCUGAAGAGGCACCAGAGGGUCCACACAGGGGAGAAACCCUUCGGCUGUACCCAGUGUCACAUGCGCUUUGCUGAGGCUGGCAACCUGAAGCGGCACCAGAGGGUCCACACAGGGGUGAAACCCUUCAGCUGUACCGAGUGUCGUAUGCGCUUCGCCCAGGCUGGUGACCUGAAAAGGCACCAAAGGGUCCACACGGGAGAGAGGCCAUUCGCCUGUAAUCACUGCGGGAAGAGGUUCUCUGAGAGGAGAUACCUAAGGAUACACCAGCAGAAACACCAUUCCACUCUAUAACAUAAAAGUAACCACUCGAUGGCUCGCUAAGUAAACAAUAGCUGGAACGAUCUAGCUAGCUGUAAAGUUUACAUGUAUCCCCACUAGCUGGCUACUAGACGACCAAUAUAAAGCUUUUUUUUCUCUUCUUAUUUCUCCUUUUUAAAAAGGUAUCCAAUUGUUAGUAGUUACUGUCUUGUCUCAUCGCUACAACUCCCGUACUGGCUCGGGAGAGACGAAG